AUGCGCGCGCACUAACGAACAAAAAAGUGAUGUCGCGAGCUGCAAAAAAGAAAGAGAAUAGUUUCUCCAAUUUUUCAAAUACGCAGUAGUGUGUUACUAGAAUGGCUGAAAAUCGAAAAGCCAAGAAGAAGACAAGGUUCUCCGAGGCUAAAUGGAGCGCGAAAGACCGGGUGAUAAAGCGUAAUGAGGCGGAAGACGAGCUGGCCGAGCUAAGGCAGCAGAACACGUUCCUCGAGGAAGAACUCACAAGACAAGGCAAAGAUAUGAUGCCAAGGAUCGAGAGGCUGGAACGCGAGAACAAGAAGCUUGAGAGCCAGCUGAAACAGCUCCACGCAACAGAGGAGUUCAUGCACCAAACGCUCAGUAAAAAGGAGGGUGACAUCGAGGACCUGAGGGGGAGCCUGAAAGUCCUCAAACCCACAUACGAGACGCGCGUGGACGCCCUUAGGAAGGAGACCGAGGAGAGACUGGGGAUACUAGUCGAGGGCAUAGGGGACAUCCGGGACUUCCUUUAUCAAGAUCACGGGCUGGAGCCUGAGACAAAACUCAAGAUGGAGCGUAAGCUGAAGGUGUUGAUGUUCCUGAUGGGUGCUAAAGAGGAGGAUGUUCUGCGUUCAUGCAACAAGACCAGAAGCGCGAAUGCCGCUGAUCUACCAGAAAAGCUAGAGAAAGCAUCUCUAGAAAAGCAACUCAUCUCAUCCAUGGAAACUGUCAAUCAGCUCAAGCGCAAUAAUGCUAAGCUUGGCAAGGAUCUCAUCGCCACUAAACAAAAGCUGACGCGGGAAUCCAUGGUUGUCUCGGAGCAGAAAGUUAUGAUAAAUUAUCUAAAAACACAAACUGGAAACAACGGAAAGCCAGCGAAACGACAAAACAAUGGCAGAUAGAUGGGAUUUAAUGGAAUUAUCAAUCCAACACUUUUAUCCAGCCUUUAAAUAUAAAUUGACACAAAUGA